CACGCCCCUUCAGUGUUGCGCCCCGCCCCGCACUUCCCUUUGUCCAAUGUGUGGCAGGUGCCUCCCCCACCCUCCAUUAUUGACAGACCUGCGCACCAUCCAAAGGCAGACAGGACGCCGAUGACGUAGCGGGCCGUAAGACAAACUGCCAAUCGGAGAGCGAGGCGGGUCGGGGGGCGGUGUCCUGUCUGGAGGGGCGGGGCGGGGCGGGGCUCCGUGUCCGGGCCGGCGGCGGGCGGGCAGACUCCCUGGGCACUGGGCACAAGGCGGGGAAAGUGUUGCACUGAAUACCGCGUCCUGGUGAUAACCCUGCACCCACUCACCCCACACUGUCCCCGCCGCCUGCUGGCUGCUCUCACCUCCCCCACCCACCCCCACACCCACCCCCUGCUGCAAAAGUGGCUGCGAGAGACCGUUCAGCGGGCGAUGGGCACGGGGAAAAGUCACCAGCACCGAGAGCACUUCUGGCCCGAGUCACUGCCGGUGGCGGAGAUCCUGCGAGGCUGAAGGAGACGCUUCGGUGAAAAGCGGCGGCGGUGCGGUGGGUUGGCAUGGAGAAGUAAGAGGAGGGGUCAGCAGAUCAGUGAGUGAGCCGGGGCUGCGGAUCCAGAGAGAGAGACACACACACAGAGAGACAGAGAGAGAGCCCCGGGGCUGACAUCUCAGCGUCGCCCGCGAUGCCUUUCCCUGGGACUGCCACCGGCGGGAUGACCUGAUCCCUGGUGCCCCGCUUCCACGUUCCUGUUUCUGCUGCCACAGGCUGACCUGAAAGGUCGGCGUUUGGAGGGAGGGGGAAGUGAAGGGCUGGGGAGGGGAAACUCGGAGCGGGCGAGAUGGCCGGCUUCUGGCUGCCUCUGAUGCUCCAACUCCAGCUCGGAGUCAUGGCUGGUCCGAGCCCCGGCUGGGGCGGCGGACGCUCGGCGCCGGAGAGGGGGGACAAAGUGGGUACCUACGAGGAACAGCAGCGAGCCAUUUACAAGAGACACCGGUUCCCGGAGUCAGCCGAGAGCGGCGGCGGCGGCGGCUCGCAUCUCGCCCAACACGAGAGCCUGCCCAUUCCGGUGUGGGCUUUCCUGCACACCGGGGAUCCCUCCAAACUGGGCUACGCUAACUGCACGAAGAGGUACCAAUUGUCAAACCUGAAAGAGGCCUCUCAUGCCAUGCACAUCCACCCGUCACUGCACAGUGCCAUGGACACGGUCGUCCAUGCCAGCAAUUUCUUAAACAUGAUCUUACAAACGAACGGGCUUCGGGAGCUCACCGUCAAGGAGGACAUCGAAUGGUAUCACGCCCUUGUCAGAAGUAUCCUGGAGGCUGAUCCCAAAGUCCAUCGGGCUGUGGUGACUUUCGAUGUCCAGCCGUUCACUUCCCCUCCUCAGCUCUUCCUGCAGGCCACCCGGAUAGACAACCAAAUCUUCCUCCAGGAUCUCUCGGCCAGCGCUCGCCACCUGGCAAACCACACCGUGGAGACGGACUGGUUUCACCGCCUGAAGCAGCAGCCUACAGCCGAGGCUUCCCUUCACAGGAAGCUGCUGAGAGACGAGCUGAGGUCCAGCCACCGGAGGAGAGGCACCAGGUACCUGGUGGAUAAAACUCACAUCAAGUGGUCGGCGCCCUACCUGGAGUGUGAACAUGGCAAGUACAACCCGCUGUGGCUGCUGACCCUCUCCACCUCCUUCUACGGCCUGAAGCCGGAUUUUCAGCCCGAGUUCAGGGGCGUUGUUAGAGUUGACAUAAAUCUACAAAAUGUGGACAUUGACCAGUGUUCAACUGAAGGAUGGUUUGGAGGAACACACAAAUGCAGGCUUAACAGCACUAAGUGCGUUUCACCUAAAGGCCGAGGAUUCAUGCUGGGAGCGUAUGACUGUUCUUGUAAAUCUGGAUUCUAUCGUCCCAGCAGUGUCUCACUGAAAAGCUUUGAUGGCAAGGUUAAGCAGCAUGCCAUUUCCCAGGGUUACCAUGGAAGUGAAUAUGAGUGCCUUCCCUGCAGGAAUGGAUGCAGCUCAUGUCAAGAUGACAGUCCCUGUCAUGCAGAGGAGGACAAGCAUCUGCGCGUUGCCAUCGUUGCAUUCCAAGCUUUCUGUAUGCUGUUGGAUUUCAUUGCAAUGCUAGUGGUCUACCAUUUCCGCAGGUGUAAGAGUAUCCGAGCAUCAGGACUGGUGUUGCUGGAGACAAUUCUUUUUGGAGCUUUGCUUCUGUACUUUCCUGUUGUUAUCCUGUACUUUGAGCCAAGUAUAUUCAGAUGUAUUCUUCUUCGAUGGGUUCGUCUACUAGGCUUUGCAAUUGUUUAUGGAACUGUAACUCUCAAGCUGUACAGAGUUUUGAAGGUUUUCCUCUCACGGACUGCACAACGAGUCCCUUACAUGACCAGCUGGAGAGUGGUGAGGAUGUUAGGAAUCAUUCUGCUGAUCGUCUGCUGGUUCUUAAUCUCAUGGACAUCUGCAGUGUGUGAGAAUUUGGACAGGAAUGUUUCAUUAAUUGUUCAGGGACAAACUGCAGAUGGCCUAAAGUUCAACAUGUGUCUGCUGGACCGCUGGGACUACAUGAUGGCCAUUGCUGAAUUUCUGUUCCUCCUCUGGGGGGUAUAUCUCUGCUAUGCAGUACGGACAGUCCCAUCAGCAUUUCAUGAACCACGCUAUAUGGCUGUAGCUGUCCAUAAUGAACUCAUUAUAUCUGCUGUAUUCCAUACCAUCAGGUUUACACUGGCCUCAAGUCUCCACAGUGAUUGGAUGCUCAUGUUGUUCUUUGUUCACACCCACCUGACUGUGACUGUCACUCUGGGUUUGCUUCUGAUCCCAAAGUUCCUUCAAGCAGGUAUCAAUCCCAGAGAUGACAUAGCAACAGAGGCCUAUGAAGAUGAGUUGGACAUGGGCAGAUCAGGGUCAUACCUGAACAGCAGCAUCACCUCAGCCUGGAGUGAACACAGCCUUGAUCCUGAUGACAUUAGGGAUGAACUGAAGAAACUAUAUGCACAGCUGGAGAUUUACAAAAGAAAAAAGAUGACCGCUAAUAACCCACAUCUGCAAAAGAAGAGAAGCUCGAAAAAAGGGUUAGGACGAUCAAUUAUGAGACGCAUCACUGAAAUUCCAGAGACAGUAAGUAGACAGUGCAGCAAAGAGGACAAGGAACAUUCAGAGCUUUCGAUAGCCCGGAACAGCAUCAGUAUCGCUCGGAAGAAUCCAUUUGAUCCCACCAGCUCAAGUGUGAAAGCAAAAGAAGACUUUAUGAAAAGUAAAGCCUUACUGCUGCAAAAAUCUCUCAGUAGCUAUGACCAUGUGACAGAUCAAGAUGAAGAUUCCAACAUCUCUGUGGCAAAUAAAGUUGAAGUUUCCAACACAGAAGCUGGACUCUUAGAUUCACUCAUGGGGAAAAAGUUAGCCAAAAAAUCACUUGAGAAGACAGACAAUAUUUCUACAGAAUCUGUCCCAUUAGUUUGCAAGUCUGCUAGUGCACAUAACUUAAGUGCAGACAAAAAACCCUUGCAUCCGAGAACAUCAAUGUUGCAGAAAUCCCUCAGUGUCAUCGCGAGUGCAAAGGAGAAGACUUUGGCAAUGACUGGCAAAACACAAAGCAUGGAUGAGCACACCAAACACUAUAAACCACAGCAAAGAAGCAAAGAGGUGACCAAAAGUUAUCCCUCGGCAGAUAACCAUGAAAUGGAACCAUCUCAACCAAAAAACUCUUUGAGCCACUCUUCCAUUUCUGAAGAGACAAGAAGAGGUCCUAAAGUUGGAAUAAUGAAGCAACACAUUAAUAGCCAGUCCACAGUUAGCCCUGAUACAACAAACUCUCAACUGAGUGAUCCAUUCGACAGAGCUGAAGUCUGUCCCUGGGAGGUACAAGACCAGCCACCUACUCCUUCAGAGUCAAGAAUCCAAAAACAUGUAUCUAUUGCACCAGUGGAAUCACAUAGUUCACAUUCAAGCGUGAAGGCUCAGAACACCAACAAACACAAGCCCGGGGAAAAUGUCGUGAAACAAAAACAAGCAACACAAGGCAGUCUUGAAAUAUCAGAAGUGUGCCCCUGGGAUUUUGAGGAGACACAACGAAGUCUGCCAGAGGGUAGCACAACUAUAACUCAGCAGUCUGAAACUAUUUCCACUUCGAAAGAUAUGGAUUCAAAUCAAAUAACUAAGGUUUGUGAGAGUCACCCUUGGGACUUCAAGGAAAUGCCAAGCAAGGCAUUAGAGACAAGCCAGAGUACGAAAGGGGAUGGGAAGAAAGGAGAGACGGGAAAUGGAAAAGACAAAGGGAGCAUGCCAGAACAUAUAACGUCAAGCAGUAGCCUACAGCAAGUUCCUGCUCAUCGAGCGAACGUUUGUCCUUGGGAAUUUGAAUCAUCAGAGUCACCGGAAUCAGAGCAGAGCCCAGCAUCAGCUGCCUCAGCCUCUUUAUUAAGCAGUAUUCCCCAGAAAAAAUCAAUGAUGAAAGGGUUUGGGCUGUCUAUGAAAACAUUGGUAUCCACAGGGAAAGGGAAAGAGACAGAGAAAGCAAAAGAAAGGAAAGAUAACAAGGUAAAAGUGAAGGGAAAGUACAAGGAGAAGGACAUGAAAGAUGAAAACCCAGUAGACAAAUCCAGUAUGGCUGAAAGCUGCCCUAAGGAGGUCAAAGUAGUGCCUGGUUCUGCAAUUGGAAAGAACAAAAACAUAAACAACAACGGAGCAGGAAAAGAAAGAGAAAAACGUGCUGAAAUAUGUCCCUGGGACAUUGAGGGAAGUAGUCCUAUUCUACAAGUAGCAGAAAGAAACACAGCUGCAACUAAGGACAAUAAAAGUUCGCAGAGCACAGAUGUAAACACAACAAAAAUGGCUUCAAUCUGCCCUUGGGAUUUUGAUGAUCAAACAUCAGGAAAAAAUGUGUGACAAUAAAUUUAGUCUACCUGAGUUGACAGUAGUCAAAGUUUUCAUAUCAUGAAACUAAGAAUUCAUAUAAACAAUACAUAGAAACAGUGAAAGCAGGAUUCAAGUUAAGAUUCCAAUUUGUAUGACGGCCUUCAUUUUAUCAAUUUUCUUUCAUGUGCAUACAAUUCUAAUGAGAACAUAUUCUGUCAGAUUUUGCAUUCUGGAAUGCUCUAGUAUUUAGAAACACUUACGUGACAGAACCACUCUAUUUUAUGCAAUGGUCAUGUACUGUUACACCAACCUGAAGCACCUAUCUAAGUAAUAGAAACCAUUUUAUUUCUGUUUAUUAACCAACAACAUGACAACGUUGAGCUUCAAUUUGGCCUGCAAGCCAUAACAUUUUUGAAAUACUACUGUAUUCAGUGUGAUUUAUAUUGUGGAUCAUUUGUUUUGACUGGUGUUUACAGAUUCUUAUGUACUCCCUGAGAAUUAUAGUUUGGUAUUAAUAGCUGUUGAAAGUUUUUUGAUAUAUCAAACAGUAGGUUUCUGUGUCUUUUUUUUUCCAAAGAUGAUUCCUAGUGCACAUAUAGCCACUGUAAUAAUGGAAUUGGUGGUCCUACCUAGCUUUGUGAAAUAUAACCAACUUCAGCUUCUUUAUAUUAGCUGAUUCUUUCCAAUUGCCUAAUCCUUAAAAACAAAGAUUUGCUGUAUUACAUGACAAUCCUUAGUUCACACUCCUUAAAUCCACUUAUUUGUGCACAUUUAUUUAAAGGUAUUACAGCUCUGAACAAUUACUCAUUAUGUGUUGAAUCAUAGAUUUCAAAUAUCCUUAGCUUUGCAAUGUUCGGCACCCAAAAAAGAUCAAAUCUGUAAGCUCAUAUAUUUGCUUCUGUGUUCUGCAUGCAAAAUUACUGGUAGGACUGACGACUUGCUAAACCUCUGACCUUUAGCAUUUGGACUGUACUGAAUUGUAUCGUGAGUGAGGCUGUAUCCUGUACACUGUAUUCUGUGCUUGUUCUAUCUACUGACAAGCUCUGGCAUCCACCAGGGAAUAUUUGAUAGAUCUCUUUUAUGGUUUGUGGCAGCAUGUAAAUAAAGUUACCUUAUCUGCAAUAAAAUUACAUUUAUAUUGUACAAA